AUGGGAGGUUGUUCGUCAAAACCAGAUGCUGUGGAGAGCACUCAGAAGCAAACGAAGGCAAAAACUCCUGAGAGAGGGCUUCCGACUGCAGACGCCUCUCAAAGGAUUGUGAACAGAGAAGAACAAAUCAAACUGCAUGCAAAGAAUCGUAAAGCUGUGCAAGGUCGAUUUCUCGAUGUCGAUGCUGAUUUCCAGCCUCCAGAUUAUCCUAAGACCAAAGAAGAUAUCAAAUUCUUGGAUGAAGCUUUGGGAGAGAACUUCAUUUUUGCGGAACUGUCGUCCAAAGAACGGGCUAUGCUCAUCAAGGCCCUACAGAAACAAGAAUGUUCAGAAGGUGAAACCAUCAUCACACAAGGUGAUGUUGGCGACUUCUUCUACAUUGUCGAAGAAGGUAGUAUUACCUUCCUCGCUGAUGGCAAGGAUGUUGGUUCUUGUGGAAAAGGAGCAUCCUUUGGGGAGCUUGCGUUGCUGUAUGACUCGCCCCGGGCUGCUACCUGUGUUGCAGCAAGCUUUUGUAAGCUUUGGAAGGUAGACCAAAACACUUUCAGAAUGUUGCUCGCACGCACAAAUAUGGCCCAAGAGAAUACAGUUACUGAGACUUUGGCAAAGAUCGAUUUGUUCAAAGGCCUUGACAAGGGUGUCAUAUCCAAAUUUGCAUCUGUACUUUCCACAGUUACCUUUUCGGAAGGCGAAGCAAUUGUUCAGAAAGGAGAUCAAGGGGAUAUCUUUUACAUCAUCAACGAAGGACAAGUUCGUGUUCAUGACAUUGGCCUGGGGGAUGCCAGCUAUGCAGACCAAGUCCUGAAGCAAGGUGAUUGGUUUGGUGAGCGUGCGCUCAUGACGGGAGAGCCAAGAGCUGCCAAUGUUACUGCCAUGACAGAAACACAAGCCUUUGCGGUCGACCGAAAGACCUUUGAAACAACCAUUGGUCCCCUUGAGAGUGUUCUUGGAAUCGAAGCGAAGAAGAGAUUCAUCAAGAGUGUUCCAAUCUUUGCUGAAUCGAAACUGCUUCAGAUCGAGUACGAUCAUCUUGAGUCCUUGAUGGUGGAGAAGAAAUACGAAAAAGGCUCAAAACUUGCUGAGGCUGGAAAGCCUGGUCAUCAGUAUUUGUGGAUUGUGAAGGAAGGAAAACUGAUGGUGACUAAUUCGGAAGGAAAAAUCUUCUUUUUGGGAGGCGGGGACUAUUUUGGUGACAAGGCUGUGCGACAAAAAGAUGACAAGGCUGAUUUCGUGAGUGAAGAUACUUGUGUCUGCGAAGAGGACACUACAUGUUGGAUUUUGAAACGUCGGGACAUUGAGGAGGUAAUUGGUGACUUGAAGAGACUUGGAAAGCCAAUUCCUUUUGUUCCUGCGACCAGGGAUAACUCUGUAAACUUGGAAGAUAUCAAGAAACAUCGAAUGCUUGGAAUGGGUGCAUUUGGUAAGGUAUGGUUGUGUUCCACAAAAGAAGGCAAUAUUCCUUAUGCCCUUAAGACCAUUAACAAGAGGCAGCUGAUUGAGGCAAAUCAAGUCAAGGGUGUUAUUAGGGAAAAACAAAUCAUGAGCUGCAUCGACCAUCACUUCAUUCUUGGACUUGUAGGAGGCUUUCAAGAUGACAAGAACUUGUACUUGCUUCUUCCCUUGUUCCAAGGUGGCGAACUGUUCAACGUCAUUCACACCGACAAGCGAGACGGAGUUUCCAAUGAAGCGUCUUUGUUUUACGGAGCUUGUAUCCUAGAGGCGCUGGGAUAUCUGCAUGCCCGAAAUAUUGUCUACAGAGACAUGAAGCCGGAGAAUGCUCUUAUUGACGACAAAGGAUACUGUAUCAUGAUCGACCUUGGCUUCGCUAAGAUUGUUACUGAUAAAACCUAUACACUUUGCGGUACUCCAGAGUACUUGGCACCGGAAAUCAUCAUGUCGAAGGGACACAACAAGGCAGUUGAUUACUGGUCUUUCGGAGUUUUGGUUUACGAGAUGUUGGUUGGGCGUUCGCCUUUCUUCACAUAUGGUACAGACCAAGUGAGUCUGUUCAAACGUAUUGUGAUGGUGAAAUACUCUUGCCCAUCAUCUGUGAAUGAUGCAGCGAAGGACUUGAUAAAGAAGCUGUUGACUCGCCGACAGGCAUCUCGUCUUGGAAACUUGAGUCGUGGCUACCUUGACGUGAAGGAGCACGAGUGGUUCAAGUCUUUGGAUUUCGAGAAGCUGAACAAUCGAGAGUUGAAGUCUCCCUGGGUGCCUAAGGUUAAGAAUCCAUUGGAUUCAUCCUACUUUUCUGACUUCAGCAGAGAAGAGAAGGAAAAGGAUACUGGCAGACCGCUCAAUUCGAAGGAACAAAAGCUGUUCGAAGAUUUCUAA